UGGCUGUGUGCUCCCAAGAAGCUUAGCCUGGGGUCCAAGUGCAACCCGAUUGUUUGACACCAGGGCCAAACCCCCCCCGGCUGUUGCGCUUUUGCCCAUGCGAUGGUGGCAACAUGCCCCUGGACAAGGGCACAGUGGAGCGGACCUGGGCCCAGCUGUCCUUCUCCUACAAGGACAAGGGCAUCAUCACCACUUGGAACAAAAAGGCUGAGGAGGUACUCGCUCGCAAGUCGGAGGAUGUGGUGGGCAAGGUCUGGACGGAGCUGCUGGUGCCCGAGUGGAUCUCUUGGAGCCUCUCGGCGCUCGAGAAGGUGCAGUUCCAGGGGGAGGAGGUGGCUCUGCCAAUGGUCACAGGCGACGGUCUACACUGCUGUGUGCGCUUCGUCGUCCGCAAGUUCGGGCGGGGCAACUGCUUCCUGUUCUCCUGCGGGCACACGCCUUGCGCGGAGACGCCGCGCCAGUGGCCCCUGGAGAUCCGACAGACGGAAGGGCAGGGGAGGGCGGCCUUUGCAGCCUGCGACCUGCCGGGCAAUGAGAUGCUCCUGGAGGAGGAACCCGUCUACAUCCGGCCGCCGCCCUCUUUGCUGCAUGGGCGCCCUGAGUGGGACCAGGCCUGGUCCGCGGCCUUCAACCAGAUCCGAGCGGCGCUGAAGCCGCCAGCGGGCGCCUCCUUCGCCUCGCUGCCGGAGAAGCCCCUCUUCGCCAGCACUGCGCUGGUGCGGGAUGUCUUGGGCUUCGCCACGCUGCCGGAGAGUUUGCGGAGCGCGCUGCUGGGCUUCAGCUUCCCGCACCCCGAGGAUCCCCACCCGCUGGUGGACGUGGCACGGCAGCUGGCGGAGCUGUGCAAAGAGCGGCUGCCCGAGUGCAAGGAGAUGGAUGUGAAGCUGCUGCAGGUUGGGAUCUUGGUGCAGGAGAUGAACAUUUUCCCUGGCGGCCGCGUGUUCUGGACACUGAGUCGCAUCAACCACAGCUGCGCGCCCAACUGCGUCUUCUUCGCAGCGGGCAACCGCUGGGGCCUCCGCAGCUUGCAUCCCAUCAGCGCGGGAGAGGAGAUCACCAUCUCCUACCUGGGCGAAGAGUUGCUGCUGCCCACUGCCCAGCGCCAGUGGCUGCUCUGGCGCUCCAAAUGUUUCAUUUGCGGCUGCCCGCGCUGCGCAAGUGAACAGGACCCCAUGCGAGACAGGGUCUGCGCCUGCGCGGGCAAGGGGCCCUCCAAGUGGCGGGUGGUGCAUCAGCCGGCGGUGUGGAGGCGCCAGGUGGCCUCGACCCAAGGCCGGGCCGUGGCGCUGCUCAAGGAGGCCACGGAGUUCCCGGCCACCGGCCAGCUUGAGUGCACUGCGGAGGGCCUUUGGGUCUACGGGGACGAUGAAAAAGAUCCGAAGAAAUCUGGCUGGGCGCUGGUGGAUGGAUCUACCCUCGGGCUGGGGCGUCUCAUCGAGCCGGUGGACGCACCGCUGCCGGGGAUUGUGGACCUCGUGGUGCCCGGCAGGCUGCAAAGCCGGCUGCGCCAGAAGGCCCUGAACUCCCGAGGCAAAAUCCGGGAACAGAUGUGGUACGACCGCGAGUUCGAAGAGCUGCCUGACCUUGUCGCCGCCGCGAAAAGCGCGCGCGGGGCAGAGCGCGGCGCCAUGCCAGCCGGCUUCGCGCGGCUGGACGUGAGCUCCGAGACCUGGAGUUGUGGAUGCGGCGCCAAGUUGGGGCUGCACCCCAAGGAGAAGGAGCUGACAGAGGUGGCACAGCGCGUUUUCGCCAUGGCGCUGCAAGACCACCCAAGGGCCUCGGCGGCAGGGGUGAAAGGCCUCAUCCUGCCAGAGGAGGCCUUUGUCUUGGCAGCACUGCGCCUGGCGGACGACGCGGGCCAGCUUUUGGGGCGGAGGCAUUGGAUUUGGCAGCUGGGGCUCUUGUUCGCGCUGGACCUGGACCUGUCCCUCACCAGGUACACGUACAUGAAGUGGGACUUGGCCUUUGCCUCCGGUACUGUGGCCAUGCUGCUGGAGGUCUGGGAUUGGCUGGCGUCCCUGAACCUCUCGCAGGAAAGGCGUUGGCGGGCCGGGAGAGGACCCCAGCUACUUCCUCCACAGCCGCGCCUCCCGCCUGGCCAAAGAGCUGGAGAGGGUGCCCUCUGAUGCUGGCCAGGCGCUCUUUCGAGACCUCCAGCAGCAGCUCCAGGAUCGCCUGAGCUUCACCCCGGCAGUGAGUUUGCUCCCCAGCCGCGACUUCAUUCCAGACACCCUGUUCAUCGCCCACUGAUUUUCUGAGCCGGUGAUGAGGCUCAAGAACCUCGAACCCGUGGGAAACAUGGCAAACACUGGGAGUGGUUCCUUCUGAAUCUGAAUGGGUCUUUGGACCAGUGAGUCCGCUGGCCUGGUGGCCGGCCGUCUCACUGACCGAGAGGCGCUAGUG